AAAUAAUUGAUAAAUUGACCAAUCAAAGCUGACAUAACGUUGAAUUAACAUUUUCAAUAGCCCGGAUGUGAAUGAAAUUUUGUGAUGAAUAAAAACAAUUGAUAAAAUUGUCAAAUGGGUCAAAAGAUGGAUGAUCUAUCACGGAUACCCGUGAGUCAUUGUCCAAAGGUGUUUGUCCAGCGGGACUACUCCAAUGGGACGACUCUAAGUUUCCAAACCAAAUUUCCACAGGAUUUGGAAGGAAAGAUUGAUGCAGCUACAUUCCAGGAGACAGUAAGCAAGUUAAACAGCAUGUAUCUGGAAGCAGAGACACUUAGUGGGAAGACUUAUUGUGAAAGUUGUCUUGCUUGUCUUACAGCAUACCUCUCAUAUAUCUGCUUCGAUACCCACUAUGAGAAGAUGUUGAAGAAAAUCCGCCAUUACAUUGAUGAACAGAACCAGAAUGUGUAUGUACCUAGAGGUUUGAUGAUAAUAGAUCCAGUAGAGAGAGGUCUCCGUGUCCUUGAAAUCUGUGUGCUUACUGAAUCUAGUGGAGGAAGAUGAGCAAUGUCACAUUAAAUAAUCGAUAGUUCACAACCCCCCCAUCAUCAUGAUGUCAAUCAUAAUAUUCCUGUUUGUGUAUUCUGUGUUCCUCCUACAUACAUACCUAUAUAUUGUCAAAAUACAUUCAAACAUUAGUUCACCUUUAGUUGUAUAGGAGAUACAUUUGUUAAUCAGAAGACAGCAAAGAUGGACAUCAUAUUAGACAAGAUUCAUGUUAAAAAAACUUCAUCGUAGUAUUCUAUGGUUAUACAGUGCAGAUUUCCAAAUGAAAGGAAAAUUUAAUGAUAAAAAGAUAUACACGUAUACAUGGAACAAGUCUGUUGAUUCAAGUGUCAAGUUUCAGGUGGAUGUAACAAUCUUAACUCUUCAGUAUUUACAAGUUUAAAUAUUUUCUCUGAAAUCAGCCUGACAAGAACAAGUUUAAGUAUUUCAAUUGGUAUUUUUAAUUGACCAGCAUAGAUAAUAACACAUUGAUAACAUGUUUUAAUUGUUUAAAUGUUUUUACAUAAUUUCUUUAUUGAAUGUGAGAAUUGUCUUUACCAUCUUUUUAUUGUCUUCAUAACUUCAAUAUAAAUGAUUUUAAUGAUGAUUUAAUCAACUGUUGAAAUAAUGUAUUUGAAGUCAACAAAUCUAAACAUUCUUUUUAAAUAUAUGAAUUUUGGUGACAAUUUGAAUAUUUUCUAGACACCUUUGUUUAUGGAUAUUGUAAUGAUGUGUGUAGAGGGGAGUGGUAAUUUGAAGUAAGUUAGAGCUGAUAUAUAAUAAAAUAAUAAAGGGCUAGCAGGAAAAUAUAGUCUUGAUUACUUAUCUGUAUUUCCUGUAUAAGUUCUUGUACUAACUAAUGAUUGAAGUUAACAAAAUUUACCUUUAAAUAAUGACUAUUGAGUUCAGAUUUGUUGUGAUAUUAAUGUAACUGAGUGGUUAACAUGGCAGACUAGUAAAUUUAAAGAUUGCUGACCGUGUGGGUUCAAACUGGUCAGGGGCAAGCUGUUGUUUCCGUGAGCAAGAAACUUUACACUCAUUGCUUAGUACUGGUUGAUUCCAGGAAACUUUUUAGAGUGUUGCAGCGAGCUCAUAAUUUUCAACACAGUCACACUAAUUUAAUUAGUAUAAAUGAAUUGUUGGUAUGUAAGAAACUAUGAUUAUAAAGUUGGACAUCAUUCUUUCAUUGAACUUGAAGAUCGUUACAGUCAGAAUUUUCAAGAUGUAUAGCAAAUGUUAAUUCAACUAGAAAGAUUUUUCAUGUAUUGUAUAUUAUUCACAAUCUAGUGUUUUUCUUGUUUGCUAGGCUUCAUAUUAAAGUAGAUUUCAUUUUUGUUCAGGGCUGCUCUUUAAAGUUUUCAAAUUCUAUUGAACGUUUAUUACAAUAAAUCUUUGAUGUUAAUGCAUGAUUAUUUAUAUGUUGUAACUGUAAUUUUGGUCAACAUUGUAAACUUUAUAUUAUAAUUAACCUCAUCUGCUGUUCUCACAACAUUUACAUCAUUAGUUAUAUGUUGAAUUAUAUUGUGUUACAACAGUUAUCUACCAUUGUUUGUCUCUUUUAAUUUCUAAACAUGCAGAGGAUAGAUAUUUUUGGUACUUUAUAAAAGCUUUUUACAUUUGACUGACCUCUGAAAAGAUAUAUAUUUAAUUAGAAUAUAUAAUAGUGAUAUAAACUAAAAAAAUAUUGUCAUUUAAUAUUACUCUUAUCAAAUGCAAGUUGAUAAUAUUGAGUGAUGCCACUUUAAUGAUAGUCCAAAAUUUAUAUCAUAUUUAUUAACUUUACUUUAAGCAAGUUACACAGUUAAAAAGAUAUCUCAUUAUUUGCUUGUAUAAAACGUCAUGGCUUUUUCAUUAUCCCUCAUGUAUUGACUUAAUCAAACCAAGUCUGCAAUUAAAAUGCAAUUGUUUUUAAUGCUUCCGAGGGAUCACUUUUUUUCCAGAUAUUUUUAUUGUAUUUCUUUCUAUCAUCAUAG